GGGGCUCGCUCAGGCUCGCCCCAAUUAUUGUUGACUUUGUUGUUAUCAGUCAAGGACGAGGCCUCAGUAUUACCUUUUCCUUCAAUCUUCACCUCUUGUGGAUAUAACUGACUCGGGAUAUAAUUAUCAUGGCUACUGGCCAUGGCCGCCGCCUCUACAAGGUUGCUGGAAAAAUCGGGACACACAUUGGGUCGUUAUUAAAGAGAGCCUGGGACAAAGAUUCAGAUGGUAGUCGGGGGCUGAGGCUCUUAGUGACAGGAAAGACAGGAGAAAGAAAGUCCACACUAGUCAAUGGACUACUGGGAGCAACUGUAGCUAAAGAGGGAGCUAGUGCUGGGAGAUGCACAGCCACAGUUCAAGAUUACAGAGCAGACCUUGAAGGUGUACCUGUCACUGUGUUUGAUUCACCUGCAGGCUCACAAGACACCACAGGAAAUGAAAAUGAUUACAUAGCAGACAUGAAGAAGAAAUGUCAAGCACUCAGUUUAGUUCAUUGCACAAAAAUGACCAACAAUCAUUUGAAAGAUGAAGAUAGACAUGCAUUUGGACAUAAGUUCUGGAAGUAUGUUCUUCUUGUUCUUCCGUUUGCUAACAAAGAAGAUUUAAAAAAAAGCAAUGAAAGAGAUGAAGAUGAAGGGCCCAAGCCUGAUGAUGAUGAGGAGAGUGGGAAAGCACCUAUGCCGGAGAAAAUCAGGAGAUAUGGGGCACAAAUUGCAUCUUUAAUAAAGAGUGCCUGGGACAAAGAUUUAGAGGGUAGUCAGGGGCUGAGGCUCUUAGUGACGGGAAAGACAGGAGAAGGAAAGUCCGCACUAAUCAACGGACUACUGGGUGCCAAGGUUGCUGUAGAGGGAGCUGAUAGUGAAAGAUGCACGGCCAAAGUUCAAGAGUACAAAGCAGAGCUUGAAGGUGUUCCAGUCACUGUAUUUGAUUCACCUGGCCUGCAAGACGGCACAGAAAUGGAAAAUGAGUACCUGGAAGAUAUGAAGAAAAAAUGUAAAACACUCAAUUUGGUACUCUAUUGUACAAGAAUGACAAACAAUCGUUUAAAAGAGGAAGACAAACAUGCCAUAUUAAAGCUAACAGCUGCAUUUGGGCAAAAUUUCUGGAAGCAUACUGUUCUUGUUCUUACAUUUGCCAACCGUGAAGAUGUGGAAAGAAGCGAUGAAAGAGAUGAAGAUGAAGGGCCCGAGCCUGACUAUGCUGAUGAGGAGAGCUGGAAAGAGCUUGGAAAGAAGAGAUUUAAAGGUCGUCUGAAGAAAUGGGAAGAAAGUUUUCACAAGUUUCUCAUAGAUGUGGUUGGUGUACAUGAAGAUAUAGUUGAAAGGAUUCUUGUAGUACCAGCUGGAGACCACAGGGUAACAAGAAAAAAUAAGGAACCCUACCGUCUUCCUGAUCGUGAUGAUUGGUUUAAGGAAUUGUGGCUGGCUUCCAUCUUACGAGUGAAGGGAAUGAAACUCUUCCUUCAAAUCAAUAAAAGCAGAAUUGUCGCUGAAGAUGAAGUCGAAACUGGAACUGAAGUGACUGCAGAUGAAGAAUCAGAGUUGCCUGAAGAAGAACCCCCUGAUGUACAAGACAGCACACUGCAACUUACAGAUGCGCCUGCAGUAGAUGAGACAUAUACAGCAAAGCUUCAAGAAAACAUAAAGAAGAUGGAUAAAGAAGCUUGGGUGAAGGGGCAAGAGGCACAGUUAAAGGAGAAAGAGGAAGAAAUUAGAAAACAAAGAGAAGAAGUUGAGAGGCAACUUGCUAACAAAAAAGUUAUUCUCACCAAUAGUGAUAUAGAAAAAAUAAUCCUUGAGUCUCUUAAAAGGGCAUUUGGAGAAACCUUUGCGGCUGAAGCACUAGUUGCUAAAGUAGCUUGGAAAUCUGUUACUAAACUUUUUAAAUGGUUCAAGUCAUUGUUCUAGUUGACUGUUGUACACUGACACAUUAUACUAAAUAUUGUGUAACAGUUAUAGUUAAUUUUUGAGUUUAAUUAUUAAUGAACUGAGUCAAGUGAGCUGCAUAUCUCUGACUCUACAUCC